AUGGCACCCGGCGCAGAUCACGAAGGAUACGGUUUCGAUGGCCCUAUAGAUGCCUCCACCACUGUUGUGGUGGUUGGCGCGGGGCCGUCCGGCUUGAUGCUCGCAUGUAAUCUGGCCCGCUUUGGAAUUGAGGUUAUUCUUCUCGAUGACCGACCGGACAAGACCUCCACCGGAAAGGCAGAUGGCAUGCAGCCUAAGACCAUUGAGACGUUCAAGCAAAUGCGUCUGGCAGACCCAUUGCUGAGGAAUGCAGCGCGUGUCUAUGACAUUUCCUUCUGGCAAUCCACGGCAGACAAGCCUCUCCAGCGAACUGGUCGGCAAACGCAUUACCCGCAGCACCUUGUCGGCGCAUCCGAUCCCUAUAUACUGCUAGCUCACCAGGGCAUGCUUGAAGAAGUGCUGAUUGAUGAUAUGGAGUCGCGGGGCGUGUUCGUGACCAGAAACCACAAAUUCGUGUCUUGUUCGCGGGUAGAAGGAUCAGGCCAGCUGCAUGUCACCGUUGAAGACCUGUCGACUAAUAAGAUUAAGACAAUUCGGACUGAUUAUCUUGUUGGAUGUGAUGGCGCCAGAUCGAAAGUCAGAACUUUCAUCCCUAAUGGUGAAUUGGAGGGGGAAAUCACCAAUGCGUCCUGGGGAGUGCUCGAUGGUGUCAUUGAAACCAAUUUCCCUGAUCUGUGGAGCAAGGUAGCUGUGCGCAGUUACACAGCUGGCUCGAUUCUUUGGAUUCCUCGAGAACGUGGCAUGACCCGGUUGUACGUUGAGCUCAGCUCAGCUGAUGGCGAGAGAGUCGAUAGGGCUAAAGCUACCCAAGAAUAUGUUAUAGCGAGAGCCAGAGAGGCAAUGGCGCCGUAUACUCUUGAGUGGAAGACAGUGGAGUGGUUCGGCAACUAUGUUGUUGGUCAACGUGUGGCGAAGCACUUCAUGGAUCCGGACGCGAGGAUCUUCAUUGCUGGUGAUGCUGGGCACUGUCACUCCGCUCUCGCAGCACAAGGUGCCAAUACAAGUAUGCACGACAGCUUCAACCUUGCUUGGAAGCUGAACCUUGUGCAUCGUGGACUUGCUAGCCCAUCUUUGCUGUCAACUUACGAAGAGGAGCGCCGUAAGAUUGCAACCGAUCUGAUUAGCUUCGAUGUAGAGCACUGUGCAGCCUUUGAAAAGGGCGAAGAUGCGUUGACAAAGAAUUUUGAUGAUAACAUUCGGUUCAUCGCCGGUAUUGGUGCUGAAUACACCAGUGGUUUGUUAAGCGCUCGCCAAACUACGUCGACUCCACUCCAGCCUGGCGCUUUACAGCUUCCAGCCAAGGUCACUCGAUACUAUGAUGCCAAUCCAGUGGACAUUCAACUCGACAUCCCACUUCUAGGCCAAUUCAAACUCUAUCUCUUCGUUCCCGAUAUCAAAGCCUCACUAAAAUUCCUGAGCACCCUCUGCACAGGCUUUUCUGGUAGCUCACCUCUUGGAAAACUCUCAUAUAAGGCGAAUCAGUCAUAUGUGAAGCAGUCCCGUGGCACUACUCCCGGGGACGAUUUCUUCCAAUUCCAAAGAUACACAGCCGUGUCCAACGCAUUAACAUUCUCGAUGGUGACCCUUUCCACAAGAUCCGAGUUUGAACUAGCAGACUUGCCACCUGCUCUUCAAGCAAGCCGCUGGACCUUGUAUCUUGAUGACGUUGAGACUCCUGGAUGUACUGAGAAGUGGGUUGGAGGCCUUGGAAAGGAGGAAGUGGGAAUUGCGAUUGUGCGUCCUGAUGGAUAUAUUGGAAGCAUUGACAAGUGGGACUUGACUGCUGUGGAGCAGGCUGGGAAGAGUAUAGAGGAAUAUUUCUUGUUUAUGCUACAGUAA